AUGGCAGAUGACGCCCCAACCCAACCUGAAUCCUCUGCCGAGGUCGACCUCAAAACCUUUGUUGCGCAGAUGCCCAAAGCGGAGCUGCACGUUCACCUCGAAGGGUGCCUCACACCUGUUCUUGCCCGCGCCCUCGCAGCACGGAACAACCUGCCUGUUCCGCCGUCUCUCGCCCACAUAGAACCGUCUCACCCGGAGGCGGGCUACGCGUUCAAUGACCUCUCCUCCUUCCUGCAGAUAUACUACCCAAACAUGGCCGUCCUGAUCACGGCAGAGGACUUCUCCGACCUGGCCCUGAGCUACCUCCGCAUCGCGCACUCCCAGAACGUAAAGCACGUCGAACUGUUCUUCGAUCCGCAAGCCCACACGUCGCGUGGCGUGCCCUUUCCGACCGUGGUCCGCGGCUACCGACACGGGAUCGUCACCGCACAGCGGACGCUGGGGAUCUCCGCGAGUCUGAUCAUGUGUUUCCUCCGCGACCACAGUGCGGAGUACGCCAUGUCGACCCUCAUGGAGUCGCUCCCGUUCAAGGACAGCAUCAUCGGCGUCGGCCUGGACAGCGACGAACGGGACAACCCUCCCAGCAAAUUCGCGUCCGUCUUCCAGCGUGCCUCCCGCGAGGGCUAUCUGCUCACUAUGCACUGCGACAUUGAUCAGCCCAACACCCUGACGCAUAUUGGACAGGCGAUCAACGAGAUCCAAGUGGACAGGAUAGAUCACGGCACGAACAUCAUUGACGCUCCAGGACUGGUCGACACGAUCAAGACCCGCGGCAUCGGACUGACUUGCUGUCCAAUCUCCAACUCCGUUGUCACUGCUGAUUUCAAAGGGCGAGAAAUUCUCAACCUCCUGCGACAGGGCGUCAAGGUCACCAUCAACAGUGAUGACCCAGCCUAUUUCCGCGGUUAUGUGAAUGAGAAUAUGUUAAAGAUAGCCGAGGGGACCGAUGUGACGAAGAAGGAGUUGAUUCAACUCCAAAGAAAUGCGUUCAUGAUCAGCUGGAUCUCGAGUUGGCGGAGGAAUCAUUUCUUACAGAUGUUGGACGAGUAUGAGAGAAAGAUGUUAGGCAAUGUAGAGGGAGAAGCUCUGGUAAACGGAGUUUGA